AUGCCUCUACCAGAGAGCUACCUACGCAAAUUAGAGAAAGAAAUUACUAGACUUCGCCCAUCGCUGUCAGGGAGUCAGGAACUCUCAGUAGAAGCUGAGCCAGCAUCCGACGGCGACUCCCAGAAUGACCAUUUACUAAAUGAACGAUUGAUCGAAGACUCAACCACAGAACACUUCAUAUGGAAGCUCAAGGGGGUGCGUUCAGCCCUAACACAGGGAAAUGCUCAAGACUCUUCGUUUCCUACAGCUCCAGCGUCGAGCAGAGCCAGUUUGCCACGCGACCUUGAUGAGAAAAGUAUGGCAUCAAGCUACACGUAUAUUCCACUGGAUUAUGACAACGCCCAAACAAAAGUUGUUAUCAAGCUUCCCCCACAUUCUUACGCUACCUACCUGCUUAGCCAAUUUGAAACCUUUAUAGGCUCCGACUAUCAUUGGUUUCGUCACCAACACUUUCGUGCUAGAAUGGAGGCAACUUAUAAUGACCCCCACUCUCCAUUAGUAGACAGAACAUGGCUGUGCUGCUUUUCCGUGGUCUUAGCUCUUGGGGAGUCAUAUAAUGAUAGCGUUGCCCCGUCAUUCUCCAUUGACGACAGAACGGGCGUCAACCGAAACGAUCAAAGCAUACCAGAUUCUCAGCAACUCACCCCUCCAGGAAUUGAGCUAUUCAAACAAGGGCUUCUUCUUCUCAGGCCCUCCUAUGAGGAGCCUACUGUUGAGCAGGUUGAGGCUCUGAACCUUAUUGCAUUCUAUUCAUAUUCUCUUAAUAGACGAAAAACAGCAUAUGCAUACGCCGGAAUGGCACUUCGUCUCGCCAGUCUCUUGGGACUUUCAAACCCACUCCAGACUCUAACCAACGCGGCGGAAAAAGAGCACAGGAAGCGCGUUUGGUGGACAGCCAUCUGCAUGGAUAUGAUGACCUGCACAGAGCUUUCCUUGGCACCGGAACGUGGCUUCAAUGGCAACAGUCUCGAGUUUCCAGAUAACCUCCAAUUAUCACCCGAUGAGAUUCGAGACUUCUCCGACCCACAGUAUUUUACUGCACAGAUCAAACUAUGUCGCAUUAAAUACCGCGUCAUCCAGACAAUCUCAAACCUCCGCUUGGGAGAUACCUAUGAGACAAAUACUCUCAUUAAUCCAUGCUUGCAGGCCCUACAUCAGUGGCGAAUGGAGUUUCAACCUUGCUUGGAUUUCACCGAGAAUGGCCGGUUUUCGGACGCAACAUUGGCCCAUCCAUCUAUGCGGACUAUUGCAUCACUACUUAUGCGAUACAACCAGUGUUUUAUUCUCCUUCUCCGUCCUUUAUUAUUGAAACAACUCUAUUCUUUCGUCCGAGAUGGAAAUCCAUCUUACCCAAGCAGUGAACUAUCAAGUCUGAAUAACGAAUGUUUGCGAGCUGCAACUGAUAACACGAUCAUCCAGCAUGCCCUUUCCAAAUGUCAUCGAAUCGCCAAAUUCGGAUUCUGGGAGUCAUUGCACAUCUUCUCCAGUCUCACAAUCCAUGUGAUUACUCGGUUCAUGACAGAGAAAUAUUCGGUUGUGUUCAAUAGCACCCGGAGCAAUGCCCCAUUCGGACCUGUGCGAGAUCUCCUUCGGGAAAUGGCUCGAGUGGGCAACGCCGCAUCCAAGGACCACGAACGCAUGAUUCAAGAUGUGGAGGAUUUGUUCACGGCUGACUCUGUGGGUGUUGAACUAACGGAAGAGAUCGAGGAUCUCAUCGGGUGGUCUGACUGUGUGGAUGGUGGAAAUCUGCCCGGAAUUCGAUAUGUCGAUUUUCAAGUCUCCUAG